GAUACAUCUCUGAGCGUCCAGCUCCAUCCACUCGUCCUACUCACAAUAUCCGACUACAUCACACGACACACACUACGACAGCAGAAUGGUCCAAUUGUGGGCGCAGUCAUCGGGCAGCAAAAUGGCAGGAGCUUCACACUCGAGCACGCCUUUGAGUGCAAGGUAUCGGCACAAGACGGCGAAGUCAAGCUGGAUCAAGAGUGGUUCAGUGAUCGGAUAGAAAUGUACAAAGACGUCCACAAGGCUCCUGCGUUGGAAUUGGUGGCACUCUUCGCGUUGGGUCCGGUCGAUGGUCCGCAGCCUGCACAUCUACCAAUGCUGCGACAAGUGCGGCAGUUGCUUUCCUCCGACAGCAUCAUGCUCUUGCUCUUCCAUCCGGAAAUGGUGGACAGCCUUCAAGGUGGGAAGCUACCCAUCAGCCUAUUCGAGUCGGUGGAAGAGAUCGAGGCGGAUCAAUUACAGCUGCGAUUUAGGGAGCUUCAGUACGAGGUCGAGACGGGCGAUGCGGAGAUGAUCGGUGUGGACUUCGUGGCAAAGGGAGGUGGUACCGCCACGGCGGUGCGCAAAGCGGAAAUCCACUCUCCGACAACGUCAGGAUCGAAAGAGAAGAAGGGCAAAGGUAAAGGCAAGGCGAAAGAGGAAGACGGAGACACCAAUGAAACCACAUCCACACACCAUCUAUCGGCCGAGGACGACGAGCUCAUCUCAUCACUCAACGCCAAAGUCAAUGCCAUCAAGAUGCUCAACGAGCGUCUCGAUCUCAUUCGGUCUUACCUCACGAGCCUCCCGCCGAGCUACCUCACGGACAGCACGUUGAAAGACAUGCCCGAGAACGCCAACUAUACCCUCCUUCGGAGCGUGAACAGCAUGCUCUCCCGUCUACCACUCCUCACAUCGCCAAAAUCCGACUCGCAAGCCGCCUCCAACCAAAAGGAGAAACAGGACGUCCACCUCACAUCACUGCUGGCCAACCUCACACGCUCCGUCGCCGAAGCGCAGAGUCUGAGCUCGAAGUUCCACGUAGUCCAGCGCGAGAGGGCGAACAGG